GUGAUAAUACAUCUGUAAAACACACAUCUAAAGAAGUAAAAAAAUAUUUUCAUAAUACGAUGACUUUGCCGAGUGCUGCACGCGUGUACACGGAUGUGAAUGCACACAAGCCAGACGAAUAUUGGGAUUAUGAAAAUUACGUCGUUGAUUGGGCUAAUCAAGAUGAUUACCAGUUAGUAAGGAAAUUGGGGAGAGGCAAAUACUCUGAGGUCUUCGAAGCUAUAAAUAUAACGAACAAUGAAAAAUGUGUUGUUAAAAUUCUAAAGCCCGUAAAAAAGAAGAAGAUUAAGCGGGAAAUUAAAAUUUUGGAAAAUUUACGCGGAGGCACCAACAUUAUAACAUUGUUAGCUGUGGUAAAAGACCCAGUAUCACGAACUCCUGCCCUGAUUUUUGAACAUGUCAAUAAUACAGAUUUUAAGCAGCUAUACCAAACACUUACAGAUUACGAAAUACGAUACUACCUGUUCGAGUUGUUGAAAGCACUCGAUUAUUGUCAUAGCAUGGGAAUUAUGCAUCGCGAUGUGAAACCACAUAAUGUAAUGAUUGACCACGAAAAUCGUAAGUUACGUUUAAUAGAUUGGGGUCUUGCUGAAUUCUACCAUCCUGGCCAGGAGUACAACGUUCGUGUAGCAUCACGUUAUUUUAAAGGCCCAGAAUUAUUGGUUGAUUAUCAAAUGUAUGAUUAUUCGUUGGAUAUGUGGUCAUUAGGCUGCAUGUUAGCCUCAAUGAUUUUUCGCAAAGAACCAUUUUUCCAUGGACAUGACAAUUACGAUCAACUUGUUCGUAUAGCGAAAGUCCUAGGAACUGAGGAACUAUAUGCUUAUUUGGAUAAGUACAACAUUGAAUUAGAUCCAAGAUUCCAUGAUAUUUUGCAAAGGCAUUCACGCAAACGAUGGGAACGUUUUGUUCAUUCCGACAAUCAACAUCUUGUUUCACCAGAAGCUCUUGAUUUUCUCGACAAGCUUUUACGUUAUGAUCAUGUUGAGCGAUUAACUGCACGUGAAGCAAUGGCUCAUCCGUAUUUUGCGCCUAUUGUUAAUGGUCAGAUCAAGUCCAAUAAUCAACAGUAGGA